AAGAAGAAGAAGAAGAAGAAGUAGGAUGAGGAUGAAGAAGAAGAAGAAGAAGAAAAGAAGAAGAAGAAGAAGUAGGAUGAGGAUGAAGAAGAAGAAGAAGAAGAAGAAAAGAAGAAGUAGGAUGAGGAUGAAGAAGAAUUCCAGUGCAGCAAAAAGUGUAUCUGCAGAGAGCUCCGCUAUUUCUGACAGUUCUCUGACAGUUCCUUCACAUUUACAGCGGUUGAAACAUUGUACCUAUUUGUUUCCGAAUAAAAACAUCUGUAUCCUAAAUGGAAACAAAUAGAUACAAUGUUUCAACUGCUGUAAAUGUGAAGGAACAGUCAGAGAACUGUCAGAAAUAGCGGAGCUCUCUGCAGGGGACACUUUUUGCCGGCUGUAGAAGGGAUGAAAAUCGGCCGAUUGGGGAAAAUUCGAUUCGCGCAUCCGAAGUUUGCUAA